GACUCUUUCGAUCUCUCUCUCUCUUUUGUUCCUAUAGCAAAUGACAUUCACGCAAAAACUAUCUGGGAACGGAAGGGGAUCAGGGCAAUUACCACGAUGAAGGAUUGGCGUAAAUCACCGGAGCCUGGCAGUAUGAUGGGAGCAGGUGGAAGUGGCUCAAAUGAUCAAUCGUACAUGCUAGGUAUGAGUUCAGAAUCUAGUAUGACCGCUUCUGACCACCAAUCACCAUCAUCUUCGUCAUUCAUGCAUAAAGAACAAGAAGAAUUCCAACCUCCACACAAUGACGACAACUCAAAGCAAGAUGAUACAUCACGGCCGCGAUCAAAGAUGGAUGUAUCCUUGGCAGAAAUGGCAAGAAGGGUAAUCAUGCAAAAGAUCCACCUUUUUGAAAGCUUUGGCGAAGCACCAUAUCCGAUCGUUAAAUCCGUUCUACAGCAAUGCUCAGCAUCAAAAUUAUGGAGUCUAGAAGAAGAAUCACCAGAGUAUAUCAAACAUACAUCAGAAAUAUGGAAAAAGCAUUGUUUGCGAGAUUUCAAAGAUAUCCAGCAAUUAUACACUUCCAAUUCGGCAAAUGUGUACAAAUUGGCCGAUUUCACUUCUUGGAGAGAAUUAUAUCAUUCAAAAGUUGUACAAAAGUUCGAAGCAGUGGAAGCGGCAAAACAACGAAUGAAAGAAAGAUUUGCAGCUUUGAAAGCGGACAAAGAAGCAGGUCAAGUACGUAUCGUAGCAGAAACUCCUGCCAUCCGAUCUCGAAACAAUAUCUCUUCUGUCAAACCACUGGGCAUGCAAUCGACACAAGGUCAGAAAAUGUUACAUAAAGCACGCACACAAGCGAACACGAUCGCUCGUUCAAUUCAACCUUCAAUUCGAAGAGGCUCAGCAGGUUCCAAAGUACGGUUGAUGCCAUCUGCUGAGAUUGGCCAGAGUGCUGCUUCGAAAUCGGUUGCAGGUACUGCGCCUUCACCGGCAAAGACUUCAUCUGCAAAUCAAGCCAACAGUCCAAAAUCUCCUCUUUCUCCUUCAUUUGCUGGCAAAGAACCGCCUGGCUUUGAGCGAAAAGCAACAUUCAACGAAGCUGAAAAGUUGGAGCGUGAAGCUGUUGAACAAUUUUCAAAAGCAUUAAUGCAGCAUUGCGGUUUGAAAAGGAGUUCCAAAGAUGUCGAGGAUGCACCCGAUAACAAAGUACGAAAAGUCAAUUCGAAUGGGGAUGGCACUAGAUCAGCGCCGUAUGACAUAGACUCUCCCCCUCCGACACAUUCUCGAAUGACAAGUUCACCUAGCCAACGCCCUGGAAGUGGCAUCAAUGUACGGACCCGACAAGUUCAUACGACAAGAUAUCCCUCGAACUGAACGUUAAGCUUUCAUGCUUUUUGCUUUUGCUCGUUGUAUUCUAUUGUAUCAUCACACAUGCA